GCGCGCGCAUAUAUGAAGGUUGCACACGAUCAUCAUGCUCACAGGCUUCCUCACCAAUCUUGGUUUGUACCUGCAUGUAUACGCUUAGGAUGAAGCUGAAAAAGAGGGUAUGCAGAUAUAUCCGUAGUCUGGGUAUCAGGAGAAUGUCGCCCAGCCGUGAAGCAUCGAUGGAAGACAGCUCGAGGGAUCCAAUGAAGAAGGCUCUCAUGGACAUUGCUGCCGCUACGAUAGAUGCGAUAGAGCACGGCUCGUAUCUUCGGUACGACUUGAAGAGCCCUCUCGCCGCCUCGAAGCAGAACACACGCUACUAUGCCCCAGAGUCGCUGCUCUCUACAUGGGCUUCUGGCUCGCAACCUGAACAAGAUCCAGCACGGAUAUCUCUCCUCGAGAUAUCCACACUGGAGGGCGCACGCCUUCUCGCAAACGACCACACUGGCGUGACCCCACGUCCAAAGAUCGGUGUUCUCAACUUUGCCUCUGCCAAGAGGCCCGGUGGUGGCUUCCUCAAGGGCUCAAAGGCACAAGAAGAGUCCAUCGCACGCUCAUCAACGCUCUACCCGACACUCAUGACACGCGUCGCACAAGAGUUCUACACAUUGCACAACCGUGACCAAAAGAAGGGCUACUAUUCGCAUGCCAUGAUUUACUCGCCUGGCGUGCUCGUCUUCCGUGAUGAUCAGGGCGGCUGGCUCGAACCGCUCGCCAUUGAUGUCCUCACAAGCGCAGCCGUCAAUGCGGGUGUGGUGCGGUCAUUCAAGGGGAGUGAUGCAGGGCCUGCGGAGGAAGAGAAGAUCGCGAAGGCGAUGAAGGAGCGCAUGGGUAGGAUCCUCUACCUCUUCGAAAGCCAAGGAGUGCGGCAUAUCGUCCUCGGUAGCUUUGGGACUGGUGUAUUCCGUAACAAUGUUGAGACAGUGGCUAGCAUCUGGGCAGAGUUACUGUUAGAAGAGAGCUCAAGGUUCCGAAAGUCGUUUGACCGCAUCGUAUUCGCGGUCUUGGGACGAGAGACGUUUGAAAAGUUCGAGGAUGUAUUCUCCAGAUAUCCGUAGCUACCAUUGUCGAUGGAUUUUCGCCCGUACAAGGAGCAUUAAUAUUAUUCAUCUAUCUAACU